AUGCCGUUCAAUGUGUACCUAAAUCGAAGGCUUCAAAAGGAAACAAAAUCCGGUGGCCCUUGCAAAGCGAUAAAAGAGCAAUCAACUUUGAGCAUCGAGAAGUGUGAACCCAUUCCGUCGAAAACCACAAGACAUUUUCAAAUCGUGACAAGUGACAUGCAAGAUGGUGUGUUGAAUGUGAUGACUCAACUCAUGAAAGAUCUUAAUGAUGAAAAUCCAAAAUCUUGUACCUCCAACGUAGCACUGCUUGUUAUAAGCAAGGAUAUUUCCCAACAAUAA